AUGGAAGGUCGGACGUCCACAAAACCCGCCUUCCCCUGGGCGGGGCGCUGCGUCUUCAUGAUCAACUUUCCGGCCAGGAGAGCGUCCUUUUCGGUGUGGUGUGCAGUUUUGUCCGAAAUGAGAGCUCUGUGGAUUACCUGGAUUUGCGUUGUGGCUUCUUCCUUGCCUACGUGGCUACGGUCGAGCACUUCCUUCUAUGUGGCCGUGUGGGCGAGCAUUUCUGCUACUUCUUUGAACAUGUGCGAUUCCUCCCAGUUCAUUUGGUGCUCUUCGGCUACCUCUGUGCUGGACGUGAACAUUUGUGAGGGCUACCGAAACCCCUUGCACUUGACCUCCUGA